GUUGGCAUUCAGAUAGUAUGAUUUAAUUAUUACACUCCUUUUUAGGUCAUGCUAUUCUCUGGUGGUUCAACCUUUCCAUGGGGACAUUCCCUUGGGAUGAAAUUAGAUUGCACAACAUGUCUUGACAAUCUAAGAAAGUCGCCGUGGGAGUGGUGAGGAAUCCUAUAUAAACAGCCAACCUUGCACUUUUAUUUACAGGAAAGAGUGGAGAGUGCCUGUGUGUAUUGCCAGAUUCAACAAGCUCUGAACGAUAAUGGAGGCUCUGAGUAUGGCAAACACGGAGUUUGCCCUUGACCUUUUCAAGCAGGUGUGCCAGACUCGUCAGGAUAACAACAUCUUGUUUUCACCUUGGAGUAUUUCUUCUAUUAUGGCGGCUGUGUGUCUUGGGGCCAGAGGCUGUACUGCAGAGCAGAUAAUGGAGGUAUUUCAUUUUAAGAAAGUUGGGAGGACGGGAGCCACUAGGGCCAUAACGCGACGAGCAUAUUCCAAAAUGGAGGAGCUUCUGUACAACCCUUGCAUCUCUAUCCAGAAGGCACCGCUCAAUAUACCAAACAAUAUCCAUUCGGAAUUCCAGGCGCUUAGCCAAGAAAUCAACCAGACUUCUAAAAAUAUCCUGCUUAAAAGCAUCAAUCAACUAUACGGUGACAGAUCAAUGCCUUUCAGAAACGAAUUCUUACAAUCAGUCAAGAAAUAUUACAGCAUGGAGCCUCAAACAGUAGAUUUUCAGAAAGCUUCCGAUGAAGUCAGAAAAGAAAUUAAUUCCUGGGUGGAACGUCAGACAGAAGGUAAAAUACAGAAUCUGUUGAAGGAGGGGUCCAUAGAUUCUCUUACCCAACUGAUCAUGGUGAACGCACUAUACUUCAAAGGAAACUGGUCAAAGACCUUUAAGAAGGAAGCCACAACAGAACAGCCUUUCAGAAUGAACAAGACCACAAGCAAAGCAGUACAGAUGAUGUUCCAGAAGAGUAAAUUUAAUUGGAACUACAUAGCAGAAGUCCAGACUCAUAUUCUUGAGCUCCCAUAUGUCAAUAAAGACCUCAGCAUGUUUAUCCUACUCCCAGAUGACAUCAGAGAUAACAGCACUGGCUUGGAAAUGCUAGAAAGAAAAUUGACCAGUGAGACUUUAUCCAAGUGGACAAGUCCAGAAGCAAUGGAGGAAAUGGAAGUACGGGUCUAUCUUCCUAGGAUCCAACUAGAAGACAGCCAUGAGUUAAAGUCCACUUUGAGCCGCCUGGGGGUCACGGAUGCCUUCGACGCCGGCCGCAGCGACUUCAGUGGGAUGUCUGACAAAAGCGAUCUGGUUCUGUCUCAGGUUUUCCACAAGUGCUUUGUGGACAUCAACGAAGAGGGUACGGAAGCUGCCGCUUCCAGUGUCGCUGAUAUAGCCAGCCGAAGUGAAGGGGAUGCCGUUUUGUUCGCCGCUGAGCACCCGUUUCUCUUCUUUAUAAGGCAUAAUAAAAGCAAAAGCAUCCUCUUCUUUGGGAAGUUCUGCUCCCCCUAAGCUGUCGCAAUCGCGUUAGCAAACAGGAAGGAUCUUACCUCAGUAGGGAAGAUGCUGCAGGGACAGUUAACCACCAUCUUUCUCAACAGAGGGCCUCUUCUUCACACUUUGAGGAACAGAAUAAUAUAUAGAUACAUGUGUUAUGUUACCAAUAUGUUCACCCGAAAGGUCAACUUCCUCUUUUAGAAAGGAACAAAACUCAACUGGCAUGGCCUUGAGGCAACUUUCCCAACACUGCAAAUUGUGGUGUUUGUGAAUACAAACUGGGACAUUCAGCAAAGGAACUACUGCGUUUUUGGGGGCCAAUUAGAAGCAAUCCAAGGAAAUCAGUCAAAGUAACUACAGUUACUAACCCACUGUGCAGUGCCCAGUAACAUAUACGUUGGCUUAUUACAGCUACAUUGUGUGAACUGUUUCCUUCGUGCUCCGAUAGACAAACAUUGCAGGCAAGAGCCAAGAAUGUACAUGCGAUUUUCCUUUUUUUAGACCCCUCGGGAAUUUGCAGAACUGCAGAGUUUGGUUGCUUUAUAUUUUAUCUAUGUGGUUUAUGUGAUGAACUGCCUUAACUUAUUUCACUGCUGGCUUGAAAUUUAGGAUAGUUUUGAUGGUCCGGCGAAGUUUUUUAAAAUAGUACUGUUUUGUUACAAGGAUUUAUUUAUUCUGUUGCUUUAAAGUCUCCAUGCCUUUGAAUUUUGUUGUAGUGUGCAAAUCCAUCGUGAAAAGAGAUGGAAUACUGAUUGGGAGAGAAUAGGUAAAAAAUAUUUCUAUUCCAAUCCUGAUAAAAAUAAAUAUUUUUAUA